AUGGCAAAGUCGAGCCAUGACCUUGCGAUGCUGAGCGAACUGAUUCUCAACCCUCGAGCGAGAGAGAAAUUGCCAGAAGAUGGGUAUCUGUCCUUCAGCAAGAGCACAUUCGAAGGCCUCAACAUUGGGUUCGUCGAUCCUGAGAUCUGGAGAUGGCCCGAGACUUUGCAGCCCCAGCAUGGCGACUCUCUGGAAGAGCUGCGAGCGGGCUACACGGAGGCCAGGGAUCUUGUUACACGCUACCAGGCAAAAGCAGUUUAUCCCGUCUCACUACCACCCGUCGCAGACUUCGUGCUAGACGGCCAGCCAUGCACCAUCAUGGCCAUUCGACACGUAUUCAAACGCAAUGUAGAUAGCUACCUCGAGUCGCUGACGACAUCUGAAGUUCGUACACUGGAGGAUAUUAUUCAAUACAACAAAGAUCACAGUGGCCAGGAGCUACCUCGAGCUUUCCCGGAGCAAGGCAGGCUAAUUGACACCCUGGAGAACCCAAUUGACCAAGAAAUGUACGAGCGGGCCAUGAAGCAAUGUCGCACUGUCGCCCAGGAUAGAGGCGUGGACAAGGUCAUGAAGGAGAACAACCUUGACCUGAUUGCUUUCCCUAUGGACUCACCGUGCCCGAGGGUUGCGGCAGCUGCGGGAUACCCCAUAGCAACGGUGCCGCUAGGUACACUGAGCUACAAUGGCCGACCAUUUGGUCUUGCCAUCGUAGCUCAAGCUGGUCGCGAAGACCUUCUAUUCACGUUUAUGAGUGCAUGGGAGGCAUGUGCGAAGCCACGAGCUGUGCCCUCUAGUUUGUGA